AUUUCUUUUUCAUUAAAUUUAAUGAGUUAAUAAUAGGCAGCUGAAAUACGGAACGUCAUAAAGUCUUUAGAGAAGAUUGUUUAACAGUUAGAGGGUGGCACUCAAACUUAAUAGUCGAGUCCUCAGACAUUAGCUGCAUUAUAGCCAUUCAAAGAUAAACUUAACCUUUUUGUUGAGGCUUCUAAGAGUCUUUCUGAAUAGGCUCUUAAGGAUAUUGUAAUAAAUCAAAUCUUAAAAUAAUAGACACCAAUUGUAAUGAAAAUAUUUUUGAUAAUGGAGAACGCUAUUUUACAUUCUACAAACACAAAAAAGCCAACUCCAGACUAAAUGAAAUAAAUCCAAAAACUUAUCACUGAAUAAGUGAACAAAAUUGCUAAAUUCUAAACGCCUGCUCUUCAAUAUUAAGUGAAAGCAAUGAUUGAAGGUAGCUAAGCAGCUUUCUGGGUAACUUUGGAUGGUCCAAAGAUAUAAGUAGAAAGUGCUAUUGAAUCAGCUGAGUUUAAUGGAUUUAAAUUAAAAUAAUAGAAGGUUGCAGAGGUUUCUAAAUGGUAUGACGCAUUUAUUGGGGCAUUAAAAUGGUUACCAGGUAUAAAUUAUUUUAAUAUAAGAUUUCGUAAUAACUAAUUAUAAAAUGGGCUUGGAAUGGAAUGGCAAAGGGUCGCUUACUUUUGAAUAAUAUUUCAGUGCUUUGACCUAAGAAUAAACCCAUGGAGCUCCUCCUCCACCUCCUCCUAGAGGUCCUCCUCCACCUCCACCUCCUUAAUUUGCAGCUCCAGCUCCUCAUACAGAUUCUGGAGAUUCUAGAGGAGCUUUGUUUGCAGAAUUAAAUGUAGGAGCUGAUAUUACAAAAAGUAUCUUUAAAAUUUAUUCUGAUUAGGACUAAAACCUGUAUAGAAAAAUGUUGAAAAAUCUGACCCUUUAUAGCCUACUAUAGGCAAAUAAUAAUAAGCAACAUAAUAAGUAGCAGUUUAACAACCAAAAGAACCAAAACGAUAUUGUAAGGAAAAUUGGUUCUUAGAAAAUUAUUAAAAUGAAAAGUUGAUAGAAUUCAAAGAUGAUGAAAUAGAAAUGAAAUAAUCUCUAUUUGUAGAAAAUUGCAAGAAUUGUGGUAUUCUAGUUAAAGCAAAAGUGAAAUCAAUAUUUUUAUAAAAGUGUGAAAAAGUUGAAUUGGUUUUUGAUGUAAUUAUUGUUGAAAAUUUUAGUAAACAAUUUCAGGAGUUGAUGUUGUUAAUUGUAAGAAAGUCAAAGUAACCUGUUUAACAAAGUAUUAUAAUAAAUACAAUUUAGGUGUCCAAGCUUAAUGAUCAAUAAUUCAGAGUCUGUACACAUGGCAUUCAAUUCAGAUAAAUAAUGUGAAAUAAUUUCUUCAAAGACUAUGGAUUUGAAUAUCACCUUUUUGCAGGAAGAUGGAGAUUAUGCAGUAACAAAUCAACAUUAUUAAUUAGAAAGACACUAAUAUCGCAGAAUAAUUCUUAACAGUUUGGGAUAAUGAAAAAGGAUAGUUUAUUACAAAAGCCUUAGACAUUUCCUUUGGAUGAGUAUUAUCAAAAAAAUUAAUAAUAAGACCAUUAUAAGAUCUCUUCAAUUUUUUUUAAUAUCUCUAUCAUAAAUAAUUUCAAGGUACACAGGUCACCCUUAAACACAUACUGUAGG